AUGGGGAGGGCCGGCGCCGCGGCCAACGGCACCCCGCAGAACGUCCAGGGCAUCACCUCCUACCAGCAGCGAAUAACUGCCCAGCAUCCUCUGCCCAACCAAUCAGAAUGUAGGAAAAUCUACAGAUAUGACGGAAUCUACUGUGAAUCUACCUACCAGAAUUUACAAGCAUUGAGAAAGGAGAAGUCCCGGGAUGCUGCUCGCUCCCGCCGGGGGAAAGAAAACUUUGAGUUCUAUGAAUUGGCCAAGUUGUUGCCUCUUCCUGCAGCCAUCACUAGCCAGCUUGACAAGGCCUCCAUCAUUCGACUUACAAUUAGCUAUCUGAAAAUGAGAGACUUCGCUAACCAGGGGGACCCUCCAUGGAACUUGCGGAUGGAAGGCCCUCCACCUAACACGUCAGUAAAAGGUGCACAGCGAAGGAGAAGCCCCAGUGCACUGGCCAUUGAAGUAUUUGAAGCACAUUUGGGAAGUCACAUUUUGCAGUCCCUGGAUGGCUUUGUAUUUGCACUAAAUCAAGAAGGAAAAUUUUUGUACAUUUCUGAAACAGUCUCCAUCUACCUAGGCCUCUCGCAAGUGGAGCUGACAGGCAGCAGCGUCUUUGACUAUGUCCACCCCGGGGACCACGUGGAGAUGGCAGAGCAGCUGGGCAUGAAGCUCCCGCCCGGGCGGGGUCUCCUCUCGCAGGGCACCGCUGAAGAUGCAGCCAGCUCAGCAUCUUCCUCUUCCCAGUCAGAAACCCCAGAGCCAGUGGAAUCAACCAGCCCCAGCCUGCUAACCACUGACAACACUCUUGAGCGUUCGUUUUUCAUCCGAAUGAAAUCUACGCUGACCAAACGUGGCGUGCACAUCAAAUCAUCAGGAUAUAAGGUGAUUCACAUAACGGGCCGGCUACGACUAAGGGUGUCGCUGUCCCACGGGAGGACCGUCCCCAGCCAAAUCAUGGGGCUCGUGGUUGUGGCUCAUGCCUUGCCUCCCCCUACGAUCAAUGAAGUCAGAAUUGACUGCCAUAUGUUCGUCACUCGAGUAAAUAUGGACCUCAAUAUCAUUUACUGUGAAAAUAGGAUUAGUGAUUAUAUGGAUCUGACUCCUGUAGACAUUGUAGGGAAAAGAUGCUACCACUUCAUCCACGCUGAAGACGUCGAGGGCAUCAGGCACAGUCACCUGGACUUGCUGAACAAGGGCCAAUGUGUGACAAAGUACUAUCGUUGGAUGCAGAAGAAUGGAGGAUAUAUUUGGAUACAGUCUAGUGCCACAAUAGCUAUUAACGCCAAGAACGCAAAUGAGAAAAACAUCAUCUGGGUGAAUUAUCUUCUGAGCAACCCCGAAUACAAGGACACGCCCAUGGACAUCGCACAGCUUCCCCACCUGCCGGAGAAAACUUCGGAAUCCUCAGAGACCUCCGACUCUGAGUCAGACUCUAAAGACACCUCAGGUAUUACAGAGGACAACGAGAACUCCAAGUCCGACGAGAAGGGGAACCAGUCCGAGAACAGCGAAGACCCGGAGCCCGACCGCAAGAAGUCAGGCAACACGUGCGACAACAUGAACUGCAACGACGACGGCCACAGCUCCAGCAACCCGGACAGCCGCGACAGCGACGACAGCUUCGAGCACUCGGACUUUGAGAACCCCAAGGCGGCCGAGGACGGCGGCGGCUUCGGCGCGCUGGGCCCCAUGCAGAUCAAGGUCGAGCGCUACGUGGAGAGCGAGUCGGACCUGCGGCUGCAGAACUGCGAGUCGCUGUCGUCGGACAGCGCCAAGGACUCGGACAGCGCGGGCGAGGCGGGCGCGCAGGCCUCCAGCAAGCACCAGAAGCGCAAGAAGAGGCGGAAACGGCAGAAGGGCGGCAGCGCCAGCCGCCGGCGCCUGUCCAGCGCGUCGAGCCCCGGCGGCCUGGACGCGGGCCUGGUGGAGCCCCCGCGGCUGCUGUCCUCCCCCAACAGUGCCUCGGUGCUCAAGAUCAAGACGGAGAUCUCGGAACCCAUCAACUUCGACAACGACAGCAGCAUCUGGAACUACCCGCCCAACCGGGAGAUCUCCCGGAACGAGUCGCCCUACAGCAUGACCAAGCCCCCCAGCUCCGAGCACUUCCCGUCCCCGCCGGGCGGCGCAGGCGGCGGGGGGCUGCACGUGGCCAUCCCCGACUCGGUCCUCACUCCGCCCGGUGCCGACGGCACGGCCGCCGCCGCCGCCGCCGCCGCCCGCAAGACUCAGUUCGGCACCUCGGCCCCCGCGGCCUUGGCCCCCGUCGCCUCCGACCCGCUGUCGCCCCCGCUCUCGGCGUCCCCGCGGGACAAGCACCCCGGGGGCGGAAGCAGCGGCGGCGGGAGCGGCCCCGGAGCGUCCAACUCCUUGCUGUACACUGGGGACCUAGAGGCGCUGCAGAGGUUGCAGGCGGGCAACGUCGUGCUGCCGCUGGUGCACAGGGUGACCGGGACGCUGGCGGCCACCAGCACGGCCGCGCAGAGGGUCUACACCACGGGCACCAUCCGCUACGCGCCAGCCGAGGUGACCCUGGCCAUGCAGGGCAACCUGCUGCCCAACGCGCACGCUGUUAACUUCGUGGACGUUAACAGCCCGGGCUUCGGCCUUGACCCCAAGACACCCAUGGAGAUGCUCUACCACCACGUGCACCGGCUCAACAUGUCGGGACCGUUUGGCGGCGCCGUGAGCGCGGCCAGCCUGACGCAGAUGCCCACCGGCAACGUGUUCACCACGGCCGAGGGACUCUUCUCCACGCUGCCCUUCCCCGUCUACAGCAACGGCAUCCACGCGGCACAGACUCUGGAGCGCAAGGAGGACUGAGCACCGCCCAGCGCGGCCCGGGGCUCUGCCCGGAGGCAUCGUCGGAGUUUUCGUUUAGACCUUUGAUUCUAGCACUUUGAAUUCGAGCAGGUCAGCAUCUUCUCUCGCCACGACGGUCCCCGUUCCAUCCCCUCUUUCUUUCACUGGACUCAUUCUUUCCUGUAAAGAUAUGUUUAUUUUUGGCCUUCAGAGGGUCAGACGACCAGUUGCCUGCCAUUUUGUCUUCUUCCGAGAUGUGUGUUGGGUUGUUUUGCUUUCCUUUGCAUCUUUAUUAAGAUGUCUUUAAUGUGUAUAUGCCUCUGCCAUUGAAUACUCAGUCUUGUGGUCAAGA